UGCACAGAUCUUCCUCACCCAGCGUAGACUCGACAUCAUGAACAGCAAUGGCAGCAGCCCAGGACUGGCUGGUGGGUGCCGAUGGUUUGGCCGUGCCGGAAGCCUCUUGGAGCUGGCGCGACGAGGGACGCACGGUGAUGCUCUAUGCGCUGGUGCCCAACACGCGUGGGGAGAAAUUGCGGACCUUGAAUCAGAAUGGAUUGGUCAUGGUAGAUAUCAGGCCUACAGGGCUGCGGAUUUUGGUGAUCAACCCUUGGUCGAGGACUACACAGCGCUUUCAGUGGCUGAACCUUUGGGGCGAGAUUGUCCCAGAUCAAAGCAGCUACCAUCUCUCUGACGACGCCAAACGCGUGGUGGUGAGACUGCGCAAGGUGAAGGACAGCUUCGCCGCGGGGCCCUGGUGCUGCUUCUUGGAUGUGAGGACUGGGCGGUGCCAUGUGGAAUGCUCUGACUGGCCUGAUCUUCUACAGGAGCUUCAAGGAGCGUGGCGUAGCGAGGAUGAGGAGCCCAUCGAGCUGGUGGGGGAUCAAGUCAUUUGGCCACAAGGAAGCAGAGAUACCUUGCUGGUGGAGGAGGAGUCCCUUUUGUUGCAGCAAGCUGGUGAUGGUGGCAAGGUGGUCUACUCCGAGUGCUGCGGUUUCUACGAACGCCAAAGCUACCGGAUCCGAUGGGAGGAUGGCGAUUCCUGGUCUCGGAUCCCCGGCCUAGCGCUCGAGCGUCAGGAGGCAGGCCGCGAGGCCUUGCCUCUCCACUACGAUCAGCAGCUGUCGCGCUGGAUCCCAUGGCUCCCAAAUGAGGACUUGCGGCGGCAGAGCUGCCAAUGGCUCCCCUCCUUGAACACUGAGGUCCCUUUGUUGACCCAGCUGCUCCAGGAGGAUGGGGACGUCGAGGUGGUCUCGAUGUGUGUUGACGAUGCGCUCCAGCGGCUGAAAGAACAGCUGCUGAAUGCGUUGGAGGAGGACGAUGAGGAUCGCGAAGCUGAAGCAACAGCUUCACCCUCGCAGGUUCUUCUGGCGGACGCAGAUGCUUUGCCGAUCAAGUUGCUGAAGAGGUGUCGUGUUUGCGCCCUCUCGGCGGAAGAGGCGGGACUGCACAAAGGGGCAGACGGCCGAUUGGUUGAGACUUUGCUGGCCUUACGUCGUGGAGACAUGGUGAGUGUCUCCAACGAGGCCGCGGCCUUGGGAGGCCUCAUGAGGUGGCUGCAGUGGUUGCGGUGCUGGCUGCCCCCGGGCUCCAGGAAGAACCUGGACGCUGCGAUGGACCAUUUGAAGGAGAGACGUUUGCAAGCCUCCAAAGUAGAGCGGCGAGCGGGAUGCGACCAGGACUUGGCAAGGUGGCCACCGGCUUGGGCCUGCCAUUGGGCCGAGCAGCACGAACUGCUGAAGGAGGCGUCCAAAAGGCUCUUCCGGAAGCUGCGGCAGCGGACGAGGAGUCCACAUCGUGAGGACCCCUACAUUCUCUUCGGCCAGGCGCGGCGAGAGGUGGCGGAAGGCUUGGAAGAUCUGGCGGAGGAGAUGGUUGCCACCCGUCGGCGCUGUGACGGCUUGGCUCGGCGAUGGGUCAGGCGUUAUGCUGAAGAGGCGGCGAGGAGUCUUUGGAGCGGCACUGGCACCAUCUCCCGUGCCUUUCGCCGGAGCCUCCGGGAGGGCGGCUGGGCCAUCUCUGAGGAUGUUUUGGACUGGUCGCUGCUCUUGAAGCUCCAGUCGGAGGUUGCCCGGGUCCUUGUCGAGGAAGAGUUUCAAGCGGCUACAGCAGGGCAGACUCGUUGGCUGGAGCUGUGGGAAGCACAGUUGGAGGACGCAGGCUGCCAAGCAUUAGCCACUGCCGUGGCUGUGCUUCAGCAGCUCCAGUGGUGUCUCAGUGACCAGAGCUGGGGCUCUCAGGGAUUCCGCGGACUCCGAUGGAGGUGUGGCGAGGUGGUUCUUUGGCAUUGCCCGGCGCAGGGCAAGACCUUGGACCAGGGUCCCACCGAGCCGGCGUCGCAGGUGGAGAUGCCACCAGGCUGCACUGAGGACCGAUCGGCUUCCCUGGUGGCUUUUCUGUUCCUGAAUACCCCUGCUUGGAAGCCUGAGUGGGGUGGAGCGUUGAGGUGUGUCCUCAAGACGGGUGUCCAGCGCGAGGUUUGGGGCGAUGGCGGACGCUUGGUGCUCUUGGAGGAGGUGCCUUCCCAUGCAAGUCCUGAGCUGAUGCCCUCCUCUCAUGCUCAGACGGUCUUGAUUCUGCGGCUACACUCUGAGAGGACCGACCUCAUGCACGAGCGGAAUCAGAUGAUCCACGUCAAGGACCUGAACGACGUGCCAGAUGUGGAACCUGGUUCCCGAAGGCGAUCUGCAAGGCACCAAGACCAGACUGCAGACCGUCGAGUGCAGAAGGAGAUCGAUGCAGAAUCCUUCGAGGCAAAGAUUGAGAUGACAUCACACGAGGUCAUUGCCCUUUUUGAAACAAAUUGUGCAUCUGCCUUUAGACUUGAUUAAAUAGAUUGGUAACAUUCAAAUAACUUUGAAGAUGG